CCCAUAACAAGCAGAUUAAUUACUUAUUUUAUGUGAUGGCAAAAAGUUUUCUAUAAUUAAUUAAUAGCGAAAUGACACGUUGUGCAGUUCCCCGUUGUGGUGAAGUGGGACACCAUGUCUUCCCCAAAGACAUAAAAAUUAAUAGACUAUGGCUUAAGGCAAUACGUCGUCCAAAAUUUAAGCCGACAAAGUACUCGAGGUUAUGUCGCACACAUUUUACUGAAAAUGACUACGCAAGUUUUAGCAGAUACACAGGCAUGCAUGGUAUAUGAACAUAAAUAUCUGAAAAAAGAUGCAGUUCCAUCUGUAUUUCAUUGGAAUAAAAAGGAGUCCACCAAACAAGCAAAAGCUAGGUCUUUGAGAUUGCAAACUCGAAAUGCCCGAAAAAGUUUAUUUGAAGACCAACCAUCUACAUCUUCUAAUGAAGAUUUGUUAUCAAUCCAAGAUGAAUACUUAGAAGUUGAAUCACAUGAUUCAGAUGAGUCUGCAGAGGUGGUAGAAGAAGAAGUGGCAGUACCCAAGCUAAAUAGAAUUGUGACCAAAAUUUCCAACAUAUUGCUGAAGUUAAAUAGAAACAUUGCUGGAAAACAGUCCAACAGUUAAUUAUUAUACUGAAUUAGUAUUUGUAUCCAAAUUAAAUUUAAUUGUAACUAUUUUAUUACUGGCUCAUAAUAUUAAUGUGUCAACAACCACAAAUUAAAUAAUUAUAUUCCAAAAAGGCAUCAAAAGCCCUGCCUGUUAACUGGCACAACCAUUGGAUUGAAUACAUUCAUAUAGUCACGUCUCAAUCCCUUGUGUGGUAGACAGAGCCAACAGUCUUGAAAAGACUUCAGCUAUUAGGCUCAGGCUAUCAGGCUUGAUGAUAGAAAUGAGAUUCAAAUAGUAACAGGUUGCUAGCCCAUCGCCUUAUAGAAGAAUCCCAAGUUAUCCCUUAGUUACCUUUUACGACAUCCAAAGGAAAGAGAAGGAAUGGUUCUAUUUGAUUUUGUUCUAUAGGAGCGACACUUUUAGGUACAUAAAAAAUAGGGCUCAAUAAGGGCAUAAAACAUCGGCGAAAUUUUUCGAAGUCCCAAAGUUGCGCACCCUUUCGUAUACCCUAACCGACACUUCGGGAAAAGA